AUGUCUGCUGAAGGAAAUGCAUACAAUGCCAAUGCUAGGAUAGAGAUCGAUCCCGAGACGACAAUUUUCGUUGGACAUCUUCCUCUGGAAUGCACGGAGCAGGAUUUGGAGAAGCUGUUCUCAGGCGAGGACGAAGCUGUGGAGGUGGAGAUCAUACCUACGAGAUCGAAGACGGGCCGUAGCAUGAACACGAGAUACGGAUUCGUCAAGUUCCCGCAGAAGGUUGACUUUGAUGCGAUCAAGGAAAAGUACGACCGGGCUCCAGUCAAUGAGAAGCCUAUUUCUGUCAGAAAGGUUUUGACGCAAGAGGAGAGAAGCGCUGAAAGGGAGAAGAAAAUGCGUAACAGAAAGUACAGCCGCAAUGGCGCACAGGGUGCCCGUGAUGCUAGUCGUCCAGGCAACUUUGGCAACCGCGGUCCGGCUGUGCCAGAUCCACCAAAGAAGGACAAGACUCCAUUGGAAGAGAUGGAGAGGUCCACGGACACUUUGUAUGUCAACAAUAUUCCAUACCAUGCAACGAAGGAAGAACUGGGUGAGUUUUUUGGCACCGAGCCAGAGCUAAUUGUGUUGCCUAUGAGAAGAAUGAAGGAUACUGAGACUAAAAGAGUAUUUUUCAGCAAGAAGAUGAACAGAGGUAUCGCUUUUGUCACUUUUGAGAGUCUUUCGGAGGGUGAAAUCACACAAAAGGUAGAAAGCUUCCAAGGUAAAUCGUUCCAAGAAAGGCCAAUUACCGUUGACGUUGCAGCUGUAAGACCUGCGCAAGAAAAGGUUGAAGCACCAAACGAAGAAACUAAACAAUAA